UUUCCACUGCCACCGCUAACUAAUCGAACUAUCGUUUGGCCACCGUUUUUGGAGCACCUCUAUGUCACGGUCGCUUAUUUAGAAUUUAAGUGCCCAAAAGCACCCAGUUUUGAGUAGUUUCGCUUCCGAAGUAUUUUGGCCGUUGAAAAGAUUGCCAUAACGUGAAAAAAAUCCGUGCUGCACCUGUGCUUUUCGGCCAGAAUCGCAUAGCCUGGAAAACGUCUUGGCUGCAUUUGUGUACAGCAGGUGGUGUUGUCUCUCUUACGCCCGAUCUGGUCACCAGCUUGCUUCGAUGUGCGAACGAAACAACAACAAACAAGUUACAAGUUCCAACAAAAUUCCAUCUUCAUUCAAUGCAAAACUGGAGCUAGACUCCAGCAAAGACGACACCAUUCACUCCGCAAGCCUGAACAAAAAACUGGUCAAGAUUAAAAAGUUCAAGCUGGACGACAUGAAGGAGAUGGUGGGCGGCUGCUGUGUAUGUUCGGACGAGCGGGGGUGGCCGGAGAACCCGCUCGUCUACUGUGACGGCCAGAACUGUACGGUGGCAGUGCACCAGGCGUGCUACGGUAUUGUCACCGUGCCCACGGGUCCCUGGUAUUGCCGCAAAUGCGAAUCCCAGGAGCGAACCUCACGUGUUCGCUGCGAGCUGUGUCCCUCCCGGGAUGGAGCUCUGAAGAAGACGGACAACAGCGGCUGGGCACAUGUCGUCUGCGCGUUGUACAUCCCGGAGGUGCGCUUCGGGAAUGUGACUACAAUGGAGCCCAUUAUCUUAACCCUCAUACCGCAGGAGCGGUACUCGAAGACCUGUUAUAUUUGCCUUGAGAUUGGAAAGCCCAACCGGGCCAAUGUCGGCGCCUGUAUGCAGUGCAAUAAGUCCAACUGCAAGCAGCAGUUUCAUGUGACCUGUGCCCAGAGCCUGGGGCUGCUCUGCGAGGAGGCCGGCAACUAUCUGGACAACGUCAAGUACUGCGGCUAUUGCCAGCAUCACUACAGCAAACUGAAAAAGGGCGGCAACGUCAAAACCAUUCCGCCGUACAAACCCAUUCAACAUGACACCUCCUCCGAUUCCUGUUCGUCGCCCGAAAAGGAGAUCGACUCCACCAUGAACUCCUCGGCCACUUCAGCGACGAGCAUCAAGAUAACCAGCAGCAGUGGCAGCGGAACUGGCGCCACCAGCAGUGCCCUCAAUACCAACUCCGGAGCGGGUAUCUCCGGCAGCGGUAGCGGCGUCUCGUCGUCGUCCAAACAGCGCAAGAGCAAUGCCUCGAGCAAGUCAUCGAGUAGCAGCAGCAGCAGCAGCUCUUCAUCUUCAUCCACGGGCGUGACUGCGAACGCAUCGAGUUCUGCAAACACAGGAGGUUCUGGUAACCCACCGGCUGGCGGUAGCCUUCUGCCUGGAAGUAGCAGCAGCAGCACCAGCAAUUCUGGCAAUAAUUUAACCAACAAUCCGACCGGCGGUAGCGGAUCUACCACCAACACUGCCACUUCGGCAAGCGGAGGCUCCGGUGGAGCACACAUACCAACUGCUGGCAGUGGAGCAUCUCAGUCGACGACCAGUCAGUCAUCCGCGGCAGCUACUAGCACCAAGUCGUCGGCUAGCAGCUCAAGCAGCAGCAGUAGCAGCUACAAGGACAAGCAUAGCAAGAGUCUGAGCAAGUCCACUUCCAGCAAGGAGAAGGAUAGCAAGGACAGCGCCAGCAACUCAGCGAACAAUAGCUUUUCGAACUCAUCAGCCACCUCCACGUCGUCCGGCUCUUCAUCCUCGCGGGAUAAGUCGUCAUCGAAGCUGUCGAAAAGCAAAGACUCUUCACAGGCGCCGAGUGGCAAUGGCGCAAGCGCCACCACCAGCAUUAGCACCCAGCCCACUUCAUCUACAACGACAUCGAGCAGUGCCUUAGCAGCGACCGCCACCGGCACCGGCACUCAUUCGACAAGCUCUACUGCUAGUGGCAUCAGCUCCACCGCUAACUCCAGCAACGAGCACUCGAACCAUGCCCAGAAUUUGAGCACUAGUGGAGGAUCGGGCAGCAGCACCGCCGGAAAGUUGCAAUUAGCCAGUAAUUUGGGGCCUCAGCUGAACCCCAGCAGUUCUGGGUUCGGAUCAGAGCUAAGAUCGGGUAGCAGCUCAUCCAGCACUGCUCCCAACGAGCCAUCGACCUUCGGUGCUGGCAGUAAUUCAAGCUUAGACAGGGAUACCCCUGCCGGCGCUGGUUCGUCGGCAAGUAAUCUGUCCGGAAUUAUCGGCAUGGGCUUGGGCGGUGUCUCGUCCACGGCGGCCACCAAUCUGAGCACUAGCAAGAGCGGCUCCUCGGCGUCGUCGACUAGUGGUAAUCCCAUAUCAACGAACCUGGCCUCCAGCUCGAGCUCAUCAUCGAAUUCGGUAUCGAAGAAGCGGAAAGCCGACUCGGCCAAGUCCAGUGGAAGUGGUGCCAUCUCGGCGUCCGUCUUGGACGACAGCAAUAGGUGGGGCUCGAGAAUGGGAAAGAAAAGCUCGUUUCGGGACAUUAUCAAGGAUGUCCAGGUCACUCUGACGCCGCUGACGGACUUUGAGAAGGAAAUCGAGAAGAGUUCCAAACGGCAACGAACUGAACUCAGUCCGCCGACCCACCAAACGUCCGCCACCGCUGAAGUGAAUGCCCCACUGUCCAGCUCCACAAGUGCAUCCAUUGCAGUAGCUGCGAGUGCUACGGCAGCGGCAGCAUCUCCGGCAACGGGCAGUGGUGCCUCAGGGAGUGGUGCUGGCAACAAUGCGGGCUCCACGGGCAGUGGCAGCAACUCCGGCGGAGCUUCAGCCGGAGCAGUGGGAUCUAGCAGCUAUCCAAAGACUGACGCGGCGAAGGCGAGUGGGGCAGGAAGUAGUAUUGGGAGCAGUAGCAGCAGCACUACCAGCAUCAGCAAGCACGGCAGCAACAUCAAGGACGGCAGCAGCAGCAGCAAUCAGCAGCCGGGGAGCGGAAGCGGCAGCAAUGCCCCCAGCUUGUAUGUCUCCGUGCCGCUCUCAACGGCCAAUGUACCUGGAAUCAAUCUGCCCGCCAACAGUAACAGCAACAAUCCAAGCAGCGUAGACACCCAUGCAGCAGGAUCUCGCGGCAAUGGCACUCAGUCGCAGCAGCAACAGCAGAGCCACCAAAGCAAUCCCACCUCGAUCAGUGGUGCCUUCCAUGGCGGAGCAACAGGCGGUAGCCCGAGCGGUGGGUCCUCGUCGGUCAUUCAGCACCAGAGCGGCAAGUCGUCACCGGCACUGGGCACCCUAGUUAGUGGAAAUAGCGGUGGCAGCAUCAUCUCCGCCGGCGGCAACCUAACGGCCACCACCACGGAGAGCGGCUACCUGAAGAUCAGUAUUGAGAAGCAGACCACGCGGGUGCAGCAGCUGCAGGACCAGGAGGCACCGCCAGCACGACGCAGCAGAUCGCGAUCGGGAGAGAGUGGCGGUAGCCAUCAUCACACCCACCACCAUCACCACCCCACCCACCACAGUAGCCACCACCAGCAAGCAGCAGCGACACUGCAGCAGCAACAACAACAGCAGCAGCAGCAGCCACAUGCUCUGCACUCCUCCGCCGCCGCCAACGCCUCAGCAAACUCCUCCUCCUGCACUCCCAAUUCCACCUCUUCGUCCAUCCUGCCCAGCGGCACUUCCUCCUCCACUUCAAACGCCAAAGUCCCCUCGCGGUCGGGCAAGAAACGUGGGGCUGCUCCGGGCAAGAAUGAUGCGGGUUCGGGGACUCCAGCGGCAGGUAACUUGGCUGCAACCACCGCCGAGAAACAGAGUCGCCACAGUUCGCCCCACUAUCGAGGCACGCCCACGCCGCCGCCACCAAAUGCACCGCCACCGGUGGUGUCCUCGCCAGUGGUGAUGCUGCAGUCCCUCUCCUCCUCCUCGGUUGACUCCCCGCCGGCGAACACACCAGCAGCUAGUCGCAGCACUCGCAACAACAACACCAGUAGCAACAGCAACAACAAUAACAAUCACAACGGCGAGCAGACGUCCUCGUCCUGUUCGUCCACGUCGUCCUCCUCGUCGAGUGUCAGUUCCAGUGGUAGUGGUGGGGCUGUGGUGAAUCUGAUCGACUCGCCGGUGAAUAUGUCAGCAUCUGGGAAUUACCGUGGCAGCAACCUGUUGCCAGCAGCUGGUGGCAGUGGCCAGGCCAAGCCCUUGAAUAAGAAAAUGCUGCGGGCUCAGCAAUCGCAGCUGUACCAGCAGCAGCAGCAACAGCAACAGCAGCAACAGUUUACACCUUCUGUUAGAUCCAACUCCCCCGCCAAUGUCAGCUCCAAUUCAGCUUCGAACUCAACUAACUUUAGCACGCACUUGCAACAGGCACAGCAGGCACAGCAUCAGCACGAAGACUUAGAGAUUUUGCAAUUCACUAAUCUGAAUCCCAAUCCUUCUUCCAUCCCGACUACUCCGACGACGAAACCAAGCAGAACGCCCGACCUCAGCUUGGGCAGCGCCUCCUCAUCAUCCCUGUCCUCCCUGGUGCCGGUAACAACAGCAGCCCUGGCCACCCUCACCAACCAGUUGCCCCUCAAUGCGGUGGCUAGUGGCGGGUCUAGCGGCGGCCUCAAGUUCACCUACGAAAGCCAGACCCAGCUGGAUGUCCAGAUGCUGCCCGUGAGCGCCAUCAAGGACUCGCCGCCCAGCUCGCCCGGUUCGGAGAUUGGACUGGCCAUACACACGGCAGCAGCGGCGGUGAGCUCUCUGAACGCCGUCAUUCCGGCAUCGGCAACUGCCCAGCCCGGAAAUGUACGGAAGCGGGGACGCAAGGCCAAGGACUCCACAGUAGCAGCUCAAGCCGCGGCAGCAGCAGCGGCGGCGGUGGCAGCUGCUUCCAAUACCCAGCAAGAUCUCAAGGACGUGCGCAUCCUGCAGAACGGUGCAGCCAGUGGCUCGAGCAAUCCGGCCAGCAGCACUCCAACGCCCCCCGCCACGCCGGCUGUGCCCACUCCGGCUGCAUCCGCCGGAUCAGCCAGCUCGAUAAUCACCCACACGGCCGCCCACAUGCUGGGCAACCAGAUCAACCCCAACAGCAGCGUGGCCCAGAAGCUGUCCGAGCAGCUGCACAUGGAAGUGCAGGACCACUCGAUCUACACACCCGACUCCAUGAACUCGCAGUACGCCGGAGUGCCGUUCCCCGGCAAGCAGCGCAACUCGAGUGCCGCGACUAAUAAUGCCACACCAGCUCCCAAUCCCUUGCAGUCGAUGUUUAGCGGUGGCGGUAUCAACGGCAACAUGCCAAUACCCCAGAGUCUGGAGCAGCUGCUGGAGCGACAGUGGGAGCAGGGCUCACAGUUCCUCAUGGAGCAGGCGCAGCACUUUGACAUUGCCUCCCUGCUGAAUUGCCUGCAUCAGCUGCAGAGUGAGAAUCUGCGACUGGAGGAGCAUGUGACCAGUUUGAUUGCACGCCGGGAUCAUCUGUUGGCUGUUAAUGCGCGCCUGCAGAUUCCACUGAAUACGAUUGGCAGCAGUGCCAAGACCGAGGCGCACGCAGCGGCAUCUUCAGCCACAACAACCUCAACAACAACAGCAACAUCAACUUGUACAACUUCUGUCAUUUCCACACUAGCUCCCAGCACCAGUACCAGCACCAGCGGCAACAGCAACAGCAACAGUAUUUCCCUCAGUGCAGCCACCACAAUAGCCACAGCAGUUUCCCUGGCCACCACGGCGAUCAACACCACUAUCCCGACAAUGGUCAACAGUCGACCCACAGUGGCACCGGCUAGUUCCAGUUCCCAGGGAGUUCUCGACUACCGUGGUCCUGGGGCAGGAAACACCAGCAGUAAUAGCGCCACCAACAACAACAACUCCAGCAGUAGCAGCAACACCAACAGCAAUGCCAUCAACAGCAAUAGCAACCAUCCGACAGCGUCUUCGAACUCCAGUGGACCUACAGCAGCUCCGAUGUCCAUUACCUCUGGACUAACGAUGAACAAUGCCGCCAAUUUGGGUCUCAGGCACGUCGCCGCAUCCCAUGGAUACACGAAUGCCGGAGGCAACAAUCGGAGUGAUGGCAGCCUCAACCUCAACAACAACAGCCUGCACCACCAGCAUCUCUCGCAACAGCAGCAGCAAUCAGUGCAGCAUCCUUCACAGCAAUCCCAGCAACAGCACUCGCAGCAGCAGCAGCAGCAGCAGCAGCAUCUCCAUCAGUCGCACCAUACCAACGCUGCUGUGGCCGCGGCACACAUGUUGGGUGUGGGCGUAGUCGGUGGCGGUGGCGUUGGCGUGGGAAUGAGCCUGGGCGGUGGGAGUGCCGCUGGUAUUGGACGAGGUGGGUCAGCGACAGCCACAAGCACAACCACAACUACUUUUACGACAACAGCGGGCGCGAAUCAGCACCACCAGUCGCACCACCAGCCACACCAUCACCCAACCAUUCAGGUUCAAGUGGGUGGCGGCGGCGUUGGCGUUGGCGUUGACGAUUUAAGUAGCACCUCCUCCUCGUACGCGGCGCACCACGCAGCGCUCUACGGCACGCAUCACCAGGUAUCCCAACUAAGGCGCGACGAUAACCUCGCCAAAACCAGCUGAAAGUCGUACCGUGAGCAACUGAAACUGCAGUCGAAGAAGAAGCCAUCCCUGACCAAGCGCGACAGACGCCAUCAACCGAAUAUUAGCAACAAAAACAGUCGCAGCAGCCAUAAAUUGCAACAGCCACGGAGCCACGGUAGGCUGAAACCAACUGAGCUUGAUUUUCAGCAGCUGAUCGACAAUAACGAAGAUGAUCUCAGCAGCGAUAGCAGCUCUUCGAGCUUCUCAUCCUCCUCGCAGCAGCAGUCUUCGGUGGACUACGAGGCGGAGGACGAGAACGAGGACAAACAGAGGCAACCAAAGCACAAAAUCGAGAACGAGAGUUUGCUGCAUGUACAGAAUUUUCUGAAGUGUUUCGGACCCAAUGCAUAUACAACAGGAAGCUUGGCGCCAACUCCCACUCCGGCCGCCGUUAAUCCCAUUAAGCCCUUGGCCAAUGUGAAGCCAGCGAGCACCGGAGGAGAGCUGCGUGCCUGGCGCCACAAUUUUCGAAGCACAAUACCCCCAAGGACAGCGGCAGCAACAUUAGUUACCACCAUAAUAGCCACAUCUCAGGCCGCAACAGAAAACCAAGCUCUACCGCUGAUUCAAGCCCCACCAGGUGUUAGCCAUAAACCAGCCAAGUUUCAAAUCAACACAAAGUUUUUACGGAAACCGCGGAACAAACUAAUGAAAAUGCUGCCAACAACCACAGCAGGGAAUCCGGAACAACAGGAUUCACAGCAAGAUCAACUGCAUCCAUCGCUGCUGUUCAAUGACGAUUCCAACGCCAAAUUCAAAGACUUUUCCAUCGACUCGUUAUUAAAUAAGUAAUCGUAAAACUGUAACGACCCACACAAAAUGAAAUGACUUACAAUUAGCCUUAUUAUUUGUAGCAUAAUUACACAAGUAUAAAGUAUAAAUAGUAUAAAGAGUAGAGCCCGAGCCGCGUUCCUAAUUUCCAACCCAAAAGAAACCAAUAUACAAACUUUGUUUAGCCAAUCGAAAAAACCCUUGUAACGUGAACAUAGUAACAGCGUAUUCUAAUUAAAGUUAGGUUGUUUAUUUAUUACAUGCAUAUUGUAUGAUUAAUGGCGCAAUUCAUAUACAUAUAGCCUAAGUAUGUAAAUAUUAUAUCUACUUAAAUAAACCACAAGAACAAGA